GAUGAGGUGUGUUUAGUUCUGUACCAGACGGGUGGUGACGGAGUUUACGUAAAGUCUUCGUGUUUGGGCUGUAGUUUGAGUGCAUGAUGCAAGCAUGUUCAUCGAGAUGCAUGACAGCAGCGAAGGGUCAUGCGAGCUCUUGGCCAGUAAGCAGUUAGCAGCUGCCUGGUUCGUCACGUCAAGUAGUGUGGUGCUGGCUGCCUCAGAGAUUACAUACUACCUGCUGAGCUCACCCUUCCUAUUGGGUCCGGUGCGGCUACCUUUGGUUGGGUAUCUACCUAACAUGAAGAGUGAGCAUAUCUACAAGCAACUCUGGCAGAUGUCGUCCACUUACGGUAACAUCAUUGGUCUCUACUUCGGCUCACAAGCGACCAUCAUCGUCAACGGCUGGGAGGCGGUUAAGGAGUCAAUCCUCAACGAUGACCUUGAUGGACGACCUGAAAAUAUAUUUUCCAAUAUUUUCUUUAAUGACAAACAAAGAGGAGUAGUGUUUGUGGAGAAUGACUUUUGGAAGGAACAGAGGCGGUUCACACUGCACAAGUUUCGUGAUCUAGGGUUCGGUAAGCGUUCCCAUGAGGAAGUUAUCCAAGAGGAAGCCAGCGAACUUAUCAAGGAGAUCAAGGAGACCAAAGGCAGUAUCUCACUCCAGAGCAUGGUAGGUGUAUCAGCCAUCAACAUCCUGUGGGCGCUGAUGGGAGGCACCAGGUUCAGCAGGAAGGACGGAAGACUUUUUCACCUCGUCAAUAUACUCAACGAGUUGUUUCGUUCCGGAAAUGUUUGUGUGUAUAUGUUUGUAUAAGAAAAAGAAACGUGU